AUGGCGAAAGGGUUCUUCAUUAGCAAGGCGGUGGCAGGGAGUUGUGUCUUUGUGGCUAUUGCUGCAACGGCCACCAUCAUCGCUCUGUCUGUUGUCUACUCUCAGGAGAAGUCAAAGAGUGAUGUCCUUCCAACCGUGGAUCCAAGCGUCACCCCGACAACACAGCCCACUACUCCUCCUGGCCCAAAAGAGCCAUGGCAGCACUACAGACUUCCAGAUUCGCUGGUUCCCCUCACCUACAAUGUCACUCUAAUGCUCACCCUGAAACCAGUAGUGGAUGAGUUCUAUACAUUUUCAGGGAAAUCAAUAGUUACUUUCCAAUGCGUGAAGGCUACCGAUCUGAUUUUAAUUCAUUCCAACAAGCUCAAUCUCACAACUUUUGACAACUUCCACGCCAAGUUGAUGGGCCUUAAUGGAGCAGAGGCACCCAAGAUAAAGAAGACAUGGCUGGAGGUGCCCACUCAAUAUCUGGUGGUGCAACUUGAGGGAAGCCUUAAGCCAGACCACAUGUACGAGCUCUUAACUGAGUUUGUGGGAGAGCUGGCGGACGACCUGGGUGGAUUCUACAAAAGUGUAUAUUUUGAGAAUGGCAUCAAAAAAGUCUUGGCCACAACACAAAUGCAGCCAACUGAUGCUAGAAAAGCUUUUCCUUGUUUUGAUGAACCGGCAAUGAAGGCCGUGUUCUACAUGACUCUUAUGCAUCCACAUGGCACUGUGGCUCUAUCCAACUCUAUGAACUAUGAUCCAGUCAAUGUCACAGUGGAGGGAAAUGAUCUGAUAAAAACCAGCUUCAUGGCCACCGAGAUUAUGUCAUCUUAUCUGCUGGCGUUUGUGGUGUGCGAAUUCACUCACAUUGAGACAAUGGAAAAUAGUGUUUUGAUCAGGAUUUGGGCUCGCAAGGAGGCCAUCGAUGAGGGUCAAGGACACUAUGCCCUUACAAAAACCGGACCAAUUCUGUCCUUUUUUGAAAAAUAUUACAACAUCUCCUAUCCUUUGACUAAAUCAGAUCAAAUUGCUCUGCCAGACUUUGGGGCAGGAGCAAUGGAGAACUGGGGCCUCAUCACAUAUAGAGAGACGGCUCUUUUGUACAACAAAGGCGUCUCAUCCAACGGAGACAAAGAGUGGGUGGCCACAGUCAUAGCUCAUGAACUCGCUCACAUGUGGUUUGGAAACCUGGUGACUACAAGAUGGUGGAAUGACCUAUGGCUUAAUGAAGGCUUUGCGACCUAUGUCUCUUACCUCGGGGCCCAUGAAGUAGAGCAAGAUUGGAAUAUGAAAGACUUGAUAGUUCUUAAUGAGAUUGUAGGUGUGAUGGGAGUAGAUGCUCUGGCCUCCUCUCACCCCCUCUCGUCCAGGGAAGAUGAAGUUCUGAGGCCAGAGCAGAUCAGUGAGCUUUUUGAUGCAAUCACUUAUAGCAAGGGGGCUGCAGUCCUCCGAAUGCUUUCUUUCUUUAUCUCAGAGGACGUUUUUGUUAAAGGACUUAAUACUUACUUAGACACAUUUCAAUACCGAAACACUGUCUACCAAGAUCUCUGGAAACACCUCCAAAUGGCUGUAGAUUCAUCAAGCAUUGAAUUGCCUGUGUCCAUUGAAGAAAUCAUGAACAGGUGGAUUCUCCAGAUGGGUUUCCCUGUUGUCAAUAUCAACACCCAAACUGGACACAUUACGCAGAAGCACUUCUUGUUAGACCCAGACACUCCAGUGGAAAGGCAGUCGCCCUUUAAAUAUGAAUGGAUUGUUCCUGUUACCUGGAUUAAAAAUGGCGCAGAGAAACAGUAUUGGCUCACAAAAAAAGAAGAUACAAACCCUGACAUGAAAACUGCUCCUGGUGAGUGGAUUGUGGCCAAUGUGGACAUGAGAGGGUUCUACAGAGUCAACUACGACACAGAAAACUGGGAGCGCCUUCUCACUAAGCUUUCAAUUAAACCCGAGGACAUUCCAGUGAUAAACAGGGCCCAAAUUAUAGAUGAUGCCUUCAACCUUGCAAGGGCAAAAAUUGUGAACACAACACUAGCUCUGAGAACAACCCUAUUCCUGCAUAAAGAGGUGGAGUACAUGCCCUGGGAGACUGCGAGACGCAAUCUCAACUAUUUUUAUCUUAUGUUUGACCGCAGUGACGUCUAUGGGCCAAUGCAGGCAUAUUUAAAAAAUAAGUCAUCUAAUUUGUUUGAGUACUUUGAAGGUAUUACUUCAAACUGGACAACUAUUCCUAAAAAUCAUACUGACCAAUACAACCAGGUAAAUGCAAUCUCCAUGGCCUGUGACACAGGAGUGGAGGGCUGUCAGGAGCUGGUUACUAACUGGUUUAAACAAUGGAUGCAAAACUCAACACACAACCCAAUCAAUGCAAACCUGCGAUCCACAGUGUACUGCAGUGCCAUCAAAGCCGGAGGAGUGGAUGAAUGGGACUUUGCUUGGAAGAUGUAUAAAAAUUCCACUGUUGCUUCUGAAGCCAAUAAACUUAUGUAUAGUUUGUCUUGCACUGAAAAGCCCUGGCUGCUCAAUAGAUAUCUAGCUUAUAGUUUGGACUCAAACAUGAUUCGGAAGCAGGAUGCUACCUACACUAUAGUUUAUAUUGCAAGUAAUCCCAUCGGUCAACCCUUGGCUUGGGACUUUAUCAGAGCAAAAUGGGAUUUCAUAUAUACCAACUAUGGAGGUGCUAUGUCAUUUGGGAGAUUAAUCAGCGGAGUAACCAAACGCUUUUCCUCUGAGUUUGAGUACAAACAGCUGCUUCAGUUCAAAGAGGAUCAUGCAGGGCAGCUGGGUUCAGCCACAGCAGCUCUGGAGCAGGCUUUGGAGACAACCAAAGCCAACAUGAAAUGGGUGGCUUUAAACAAAAAUCAAGUGCAUGCCUGGUUCACUGGCCAAAAUUCAGAAAUGUAA